AUGAAGCUAUUUGCACAACUUGCCACUGCCUGUUAUGCGCUGCUUGCGUCCACUAGUCUCGCCGUUCAGGAAGAGACCAAGACCCUCGACGAGCUCUAUGCCGACGCCAUCGCCGAAGGAGGCAACCUCGUCUUAUACCACGGCGGGGACUUCUCGUCGCAGCAAGACGCGUUGCAUGAUGCCUUCAUCAAGGUCUUCCCGAAAAUCAAAUUCACGCUUAUUGUCGACUACAGCAAGUACCACAACGUACGCAUCGACAACCAGCUCGAAAACGACAAGCUGGUGCCUGAUAUUGUGGCGUUGCAGACACUGCAGGACUUCCCUCGCUCGGCACAAGAGGGCAAGCUGCUGGAAUACAAGCCCGCCAACUUCUCGCAAAUCUACGAUGGCUUCCGGGACCAACGUGGCGCCUACAUGGCCUACAUGAUGUUCACCUUCAGCUUCCUGUACGACGAAACUUCGCUGGGUGGUCUCGCAGCGCCCAAGUCACCCGCUGACCUCGUGGAUCCGCAGUGGGGCGGCAAGAUCGCCUCGACCUACCCUAACGACGACGAUGCCGUACUCUUCCUGUACGCACGUUAUGUGGAGAAGUACGGCUGGAAUUGGGUCGAGGACUUCGCCAACCAGAAUGUCACGUUCCGCCGCGGUUCCAAUACGGCCAGCGAUCUCGUUACGGCCAAGGACAAAGUCAUCGGUGUCGGCACUUACUCGCAGGGUACACCCAACGUCACGUUUGUUACGGACGGCGGCAACGAAUAUCUGGCAUGGGGUCAGGGCAUCGCCAUCUUGAGUAAGGCCAAGUACCCAGCAGCCGCAAAGCUCUUCAUGAACUGGGCCAUCUCGGAGGAGGUGCAGAAGACAAUCCUGCCCGAGAACGUUCGUGUGGACCUGACACCAAACAGCGGUUCAAGCCACCCCUGGGAGAUUCGCCAGGCUAAUGUGGAUGAGUUCCCAAAGUUCAUGGCGGACCGUGCGAGUGUGGAGCAGUGGCACCAGACAUUUUCACUGUACUUCGGUGAAGUGAAGGGUGAGCAAACUCCUGGUUUCCUUGGCCUGUAUCCGGGCCUAUAG